UAAACGAUUCUUGAUGCAGCUACUGAAGCAGAAGCACCGUGUCUGAGUGACGUUAUUAACAUCUCCUCUUUUCAGGGCACAACAUAUGUGUGUGUGUUCCGUUCCGCUGGACACAGAAGUCGCCUUUGCUCAAGACGCCACUUUAUUAAUCACUGACAUAAAGACUGAUACCGUCACUGCAGUAUAGCCUAAAUAAGUCCCACUGCAUUGUAAGUGGCAUGUGUGUGCUGUUUUAAGCGGCGUUUUAUGUGCGUUCCGGACCUGUGCUCGUCGUACCUGCGCUGUGAUAUGUACUUAGCGUUCCGGCACCUUGUGAUUUAUAAAUGAAGCACUGGAUACAUCAUGACCUGCGCGAAAGAGGGCAGAAAAAUAUGAAUUUCACCCUCCUGCACCGCACAUCCAAAGCCACUCUUUUCUCUCCCGGCUCUCUCUCUCACUCACUCUCACACGUACACACACACACACGACCCCGCCCCCCAUGUCACACACUUGCAUGCUUUCACUGGUCAGGCACACAGUAGGAAACCAGAACAUCAUAACAUUGUCCCACACAGCAGCUAACAGCGGAGCUGCUACAAUGUUUGUGCGGGCCGCACUAACAUUAAACUUUCAUAUUAAGGUGGGGGCCACAAAAUAUCGUCCCGCGGGCCGCAAUUGGCCCGCGGGCCGCGAGUUUGAGACCCCUGUCUUAGAGUGUUGUCAAAAUUAUGUGCGUCACAAUAAAUAAACUGUGUAAACUGAAGAGCGUAGGAAAUGCACAGAGACGAUAAUUCAACCUGCGCUCAGUGGAUUUACGAUCAAGGACCACAACUAUCAGGCUGCUGAGACUUUAACAUGGACAAACCACAGAAGGACAAAUCGCCUGACCACAAGAAGACAGAUGCCAGAAAGAAUUCCACGAAGCAGCCAGUCACAGCCUGUCUGUUGAAUGCAGCCUUUUUUGGGGCCCUGGGCUCAUCUUUCCUCUAUGGCUACAACCUGUCUGUGGUCAACGCUCCUGCUCUGUUCAUCAAAGCUUUCUACAACAAGACGUGGAUGGAGAGGUAUGGGGAGCCGAUCGGAGCCGAGGCAGUCACCCUCCUCUGGUCCAUCACCGUGUCCAUAUUUGCUAUCGGAGGUCUUCUGGGAGCAUUGUCUGUCUCUUUAUUCCUCAAAGUGUUUGGAAGGAAGGGAACCUUGCUGCUGAAUAACAGCUUUGCCAUUAUCGCUGCGCUGCUGCUGUCCCUGGGCGAGAUGGCGAAAUCUUUUGAGAUGCUGAUCAUCGGCCGGUUCAUCAUCGGGGUGGACUCUGGGAUAGCUCUCACUGCGCUCCCCAUGUACCUGGGAGAGAUCUCCCCACGACAUAUCAGAGGGUUCAUCGGCCAGUUCAACUCCAUCCUGAUCUGCCUGGGAGUGUUCACAGGUCAAGUGCUGGGACUGCCCGAGCUGCUGGGCCAGGAGUCCAGGUGGAUCUACCUGUUUUCCUUCCUGGCGUUUCCGGCAUUGCUGCAGCUGUGUGUGCUGCCUUUCCUCCCCGAGAGUCCUCGCUACCUGCUGCUGGAGAGGAGGGAUGAGGCUGGAGCAGAGAAAGCCUUCCAGAGGUUUUUGGGGAAGAAGGAUGUGUCCCAGGAGCUUGACGAGGUGCGAGCAGAGGCUCAGGGCACCCUGCACACCGUCUCUGUGUUACAGAUGCUGAAGACCCCAACUGUUCGCUGGCAGCUCAUCACCAUCAUCAUCACCAUGGCCUGCUACCAGCUCUGUGGCCUCAACACUAUCUGGUACUACACCAACGGGAUCCUCCGAGAAGCGGGCUUUGCCGAGAACCUCCUCCCUUACAUCACACUGAGCACCGGGGCAAUCGAGACGUUGGCGGCCAUUAUCUCAGGUUUGGUGAUAGAGCGAAUCGGCAGGAAGCGGCUCCUCAUUUUUGGUUUCUCUGCCAUGGCCGUGUUCUUCAGUCUCCUCACAGUGUUCCUCAAUUUACAGGAGAGCGUGUCAUGGAUGCCCUACCUCAGUUACAUCUGUAUCCUGGCUGUGAUUGCGUCCUUUUGCUCUGGUCCAGGUGGCAUCCCCUUCAUCCUGACAGGGGAGCUGUUUGAACAGUCCUACCGCCCGGCCGCCUUCAUGAUCGCUGGCACCGUGAACUGGCUCGCCAACUUUACCGUGGGCCUCCUGUUCCCAUUCAUUCAAGAGACGCUGCAGUCCUUCACCUUCCUGGUCUUUGUGGUCGUCUGCAUCCUGGGAUCCAUCUACCUGUAUGUCGUCCUCCCCGAAACUAAAAAUAAAACAUUCAUGGACAUCAGCCAGAGCUUUGCCAAGAUCAACAAAAUCCCUGCCUCCUCCCCCAGCCAUGAAAUGGAGCUGGAUCUGUGCAUUAAGCCGAAAACAAGUGAAAACGUCCAGAUUGUGAAAACGGAGAGUUCAUUCUAAGUCUUGUAUUGUGGGGGAAUCAGGUUUUAAACUGAAGAUAUUUGUAGUUUUUACAUAUUUAUUUUAUCACUGUGAUUAGUGAAAUCAAAUUCUAUGCUUUUUUGAUAUUUUGUAUAUUUUGUAUGUUUUUUAUCACUGGAAUAUUUAGGAAUAGUACAGAAUUUCAGUUCACAGCAAUCAAUCAAAUAAAUGAAGAUGUACAGCAUAAAA